AUGUGCAAUGACCUGUCUCGCGCGUUUGAGUCCAGGCUGCUUAACUAUCCAUACUUGAUCCAGUACCCUCUCUUGCCACGAGACCUGACUCUACGGGAACUGUUCUACCGGAACCCAGAGAUGAAGCCGCAAAUUGCUCAUACCUGUAUCGUCGCCAAUUAUCAAACAACGUAUGACUUGCUUGACGUUGUUCCUACAGAAUCAAUAUGGCUGCAAGCAGAGAGAAGUCCAAAUCGGCAUUAUUUGGAGGAUCUCGAGCGCCGCGCAACGAAGCAAUACUAUGAAUCGGUAACAUGCAAUAAGGAGCCAACGCAGACAUGGCUCUAUUCGGCUAUCAAUACUGCACAUGUCGAGCUGCAGUACCGGAAGGGGAUUCAUGAAUGUUUCCUUGCACCUAUGCCCUUCAUCGAUGUUUUUCUCUGUUCCUCUGAAGAUCUGAGGGGAAAGGCAGCUGGUAUGAGGAGUAACGAGCCUGUACUUGGUGGUCCCUCAACUUUCGAGGAAGUUCAAGAAUGA